UUCUUAGAAUUAUACAUCCUGUUCGAGAAUGUUGUUGUAUGAGUCAGAAUCUCACACAGACGUGUAGACAUCCAGUGAAAAAUGCGGCUGGAAGUUUAUUUGUUUCUUUGCUUCUCGGUUCUUCUGUUGACGAGUUCAGAAUCUCGUGCAGAUCCCAGCUGCGCAUGCGCACCGUAUGGUUCUUGUGAUUUCCGAAACUAUUUUCGGACCAGUCUACUAAAUCAACAAAAUGUUGCUUUUGGGAAAACAGCAAAAAUGAGUUCUUUCUUUAUGAGACCGGCAAUCAAGGAGGUAUCUGGUCCCGCCUGUCUCGCUGUGAACGGCAACACAAACACCACCUUCAGGCCUCUUAGCCAGUUUCCAGACAGCCCCAACUGUAUUCACACUGGCGACGACAGGGACCCCUACUGGGAGGUUGACCUGGGUCAACAUUAUGCUAUUGUCAACAUCACGAUCUACUGGAGAAAUUUAUUUCUUCAACGCAGUGACGGAGUCCGUGUGACCGUGGAUGGGCAGCUAGUGCACGUCUUCAAAAGUCCAGUUUCUAACCCGUCAAAUGUUGUCUUUGGUGUACCAGUGACUGGAGAGACAGUCAGACUGUCAAAGACAGACAGAAAAACAAAACACUAUUAUCUCACAGUGUGCGAAGUUGAAGUGUGGGGUAUGAGCUGUGCAUGUUCAGAUUAUGGUUCUUGCGACUUCAGCAACCAAGAUCUGAAAGUCACUUCCCCACAAAAAGGAAAUGUAGCGCUUGGCAAACCAGCAAAAAUGAGUUCCAUGUUCACCGAUGCACCCCAUAACGAGGUCACUGGUCCCGCUUGUCUCGCUGUCAAUGGCAACAGAAACACCACCUUCAGACCUAUUAACCAAUUCCCAGACAGUCCUAACUGUAUACACACCGAGACAGAUGACCAUGAACCUUACUGGGAGGUCGACCUGGCUCAGCCAUAUACCAUUGCCAGCAUCACCGUCUACUGGAGAGAUAGAUACAUUGACCGCAGUUAUGGAGUCAACGUGAGCGUGGAUGGACAGAUUUGUCACACAUUUCAACAUCCGGUUGCUAACCCCUCAACAAUUACCUGUGGUACCUCGCUGACUGGACGAACCGUGAGGCUGUCUAAAGUCGAUCCCUCGAUUGAGCAUUCCUAUUUUUUAACUGUUUGCGAAGUUGAAGUAAUAGCGUGUGGACCCGGCUUUUUUGGAACUGACUGUCAGGGUGUAUGCCCACAGGUCUGUGAGAAAAACCAAACCUGCAGUCCUGUCGAUGGAACAUGUCCUCAAGCCAUAGCAACCGUUUCACCUCCAACCCUUGACGUCACAAGUUUGACACCUAAGGUCACAAGUUUGGCACCUUCAACACUUGACGUCACAAGUUCGACACCUGGGGUCAGAAGUUUGGCACCUUUGACACCUGACGUCACAAGUUCGACACCUGGGGUCAGAAGUUUGGCACUUUCAACACUUGACGUCAUAAGAUCGACACCUGGGGUCAUAUGUUUGGCACCUUUGACACCUGACGUCACAAGAAUGGCUGUUAUAAUCGCAGGAUCGUUUUUGUGCGGCUGUGUUGUGACUGGACUCUGUGCAGCGCUUGUUCUGUGUUUCCGGAACCCAGGAGCUUGCAGGAGGCUGACACGUGUUCAAGCUACGCAAAGUGGACGUCACGUAAGCCCACAAAGUGGUGACGUCAGCAUGGCAGAGGUCAGGGAGUUAACUCAGGCUUCGCCACCUGGCGCUGCUCAAAGUUCACGAUCCGCUGAAGGUGCAGAAGGAGGUGAGCGACUCCCUGAUUAUGAUGGCGAGUCUCGAGACUACUUCAACGCCAGGAUGAGUCAGAGCCUGGAGGUCCUCGUCCCAAAGAAGAAGAAAAAUAUUUACAAACCUUUUCCCAUUCGCUGGUCUCAGCACAAGGGCGUCACCGUCCCCAAAGCGAACUCGUCUGACGAUGAAGAGUACGAAGAGAUGAUAUAACCUGUUCAACUCAUUCUCUACAUCAGAAAAUUAUUAUCGAUGUAAAUCGCCUGGUUGAUAAGGCACUGGGAUGUAUUAGCGGAAAAGCCCAAAUGUCUACACAUAGGGAUUUUUGUGGUUCAUAAAGAAAGUAAUUUUGACUGAUGAUUACUACUACAGUCCCAUACCUUGUUCUCUAGUGAUCGUUGAACUAUCAACACUAUUGCUAAUAAGGAAUUUAGCCUUUUUCACCUUUCCAAAUACUUUUUAUGUCUGGUUAUGAGGUGACUUGUCCAUCCAGAUGGAUGUACAUCACAAUAGUAUUUACCUUGCUUGUUCUUGACUGACUGUUUGUGCCGCAGAAAACAGGUGUACACGUAUCUCUCUUAUUUAAGAUGGAUGUCAGCAGGUAGGGUUCACAGGCGGAAGAGAAAUUCAAAGUUUGAUACACCUUUAAAAGUUUAUCUGUCGCUAAGUCUGGCUGGUAAUCUUAUAAUCAUUGCAAUCAUUGUAAUCAUUGUAACAUACUUACUUAUUAUACAGUUAUUGUAAUAUUUUAAUACACAAAUAGCAAUGGAAAGACUCUGUUGGGAACAUGUACCCCUGUGAUUAAAUACGACAACCUCAUCAAAUCAUUAAAAUAAUUUGAAUUAAAGUAAUUUUCAACUGGCAGUACUCGCACACAAAAUGCUGCGAUUGAUGGUGAAACACGUUCCUUGAAGUUGUUGUGCUUAGAGUCAAUGUGUUCAAGGUCUGUGUACCUCGAAAGGCAUGAUGUAAGGGAGAUAAGCAUGUAAUUUAGACAGAUAAUUCCCGGUACCGUCCCUUACAUUGUUUACUGGAGGCUGCUAUCUCUCACCACGCUGCUAAUAAAAGUGUAUUGGUGGAAAUUUAUAAAUUGACUUUGUUCACCUUCCCCGUUAAUUUUCUAAGUCUGGUCAUGUAUGUCCAUCACGAGUUAUUGACCCUGUCUGUACCUGAGCGGCUGUUUGUGCUGCAGAAAACAGGUGUAACUAUAUUUCUCUUAUUUAGGGUGAUGGAGGAUACCGGCAGCAAGACAUCAACGUUUGACACACCUUGUCACGUGUUCUCCCACAUGUCCUACCACACGUCCUGUUACAAGUCCUGGACAUAUUUUGUUACAUAUUUUUGCAUUCUGCAUUGAUAUAGUUUGUGGACUGUCCACGUACUAAUUAGAUGUUUACCUUUGGAGUGUGAGUGUUGUCUUGCUAGCUAGCUUGCUGGCUGUCUUGCUGGCUCCAGUAGCAAACAUUUGACUCUCCCCUCCAGGCAGUGUAUCAAAGAGAUGAGCAGUCCUUAUUCAACAUGGCGGCAACCGAACCUUUGUGGUAUUGGUGACACCUCUUCUCAUCAUGCGUGAGUUUAUAUAGUUCGGACUUAUUGUCCAAAACAUAUUACAGCCGAAUCCAAUUACCAUUUACUCUUGGGGAUGGUAGAGCUUUGAUUUCGCGGAUAUUUGCUACUUGCUCCAUCCACGGGACCAUGUCACCCUCUUCUACGUUUUCUAGACUGGCUGCCCCUCGGUUCUCGUAUCCAAUACAAACUAUCCAUGCUAUAUUUUAAUUUCUUUGCAGGCAUCUGCCAUAUUUCUGUGAGCUUUUCUUCCUCUUUGUCUCAGCCAGAAAACUACCUCUCCUGACUAACCAUUCCUGUCCUCAGGACAACAUCAUAUGAUCACAGUGGUUUUAAUUACUGUGCAGCAAAACAAUAGAACUCUCUCUGCUUCCAUAUCUGCCACCUACCCAUUAUAAAAUACUUUAAAUGUGCACCGAGAAAAGCACUUUCCUUUAAACAUUACUCUGAACACAGUCCACACAAUGCAAGUCCUUUUUCAUACACACUUCCUUUUUCCACUUAUUGCUACUUCCUUAAUUAUCUUCCGUUUGCGGAAUCACUCUACUAUCAGUUCCUGUUACUUGGUUCCUCUUUGUGUUUUCUGUACUUGUUUUAAUCAUCACCUCUGCUGUUUAUACCUCCUUCCUUCGUAUGCUAUCCAUUCCUUUUCUGUAGCGCCAAGAGCAUGCUCCUUACGAGUGUGAAUGUGUGCUAUAUAAAUACUGUAUGUGCUACAUAAAUAUGUUCUGUAUAC